UUUGCCUUCAGCUCCGGAGACAGCACUCUGUAUUCGUAGCUCUCUCUCUCUCUCUCUGUCUCUCUCUCUCUCAGAGUUUGGUGCUUCAGUUGUGUGGUGAAUGCAGUUCAGAGCUGAUAGAUCUUUUCGAGCUCUUGAAAAUGGCGAAAGUUCUUCACCCUUUCAGCUAAAAAGGAGGUACCGGUAGCUAUCUUCCAUCUCUCCACUAGUUCAUUUUCUCCAACAAAUUCCACCUGCAUAUUCAUCAUGAUGAACAACCUUAAGUUAGGGGUGGACAUAGUAAGUGCCCACAAUCUCUUGCCUAAAGAUGGGCUAGGUUCAUCUAGUGCAUUUGUGGAGCUCUACUUCGAUGGUCAAAAGUUCCGUAGCACCAUCAAAGAGAAGGAUCUCAACCCUGUUUGGAAUGAGAGUUUUUACUUCAACAUUUCUGAUCCUUCCAACCUCCACCAUCUCACUCUUGAGGCUUAUGUGUACAAUAAUGUAAAAGCUACCAACACCAGGUCCUUCCUUGGGAAGAUUAGCCUCACUGGAACUUCUUUCGUUCCCUACUCUGAUGCUGUUGUCUUGCACUACCCUUUGGAAAAGCGUGGCAUCUUCUCACAUGUAAGAGGAGAGCUCGGCUUAAAAGUUUAUGUUACUGACGACCAAUCCAUAAAGUCCUCUAUUCCAAUGUCUGCUGUCGAAUCAUUGCAAAAUAAGGAUCCAAGCUUAACUCAUGCACAUGCCCAAACAGUUCCAAGUGCAACCGUAAACACUCACUCUAACAACAAAGCUGAGACAAGACACACCUUCCAUCAUCUCCCUAACCCAAAUCACAACCAAAGUCAUCAUCAAUCUUCUGCUCCUGAAGUUUCCCUUCAUUCAACCAAGUAUAUGGCCAAGGAAAUGAAAACAGAACCGCAGCCUUCAAAGCUAGUCCGCAUGUACUCUGCAUCAUCAUCACAACCUGUUGAGUAUGCACUGAAAGAGACAAGCCCUUUUCUUGGUGGUGGAAGAGUUGUUGGGGGUCGUGUCAUCCACGGAGACAAGACUGCAAGUACUUAUGAUCUUGUUGAAAAGAUGCAUUUUCUCUAUGUAAGGGUUGUUAAGGCUCGUGAUCUUCCUGCUAUGGAUGUUACAGGGAGUCUUGAUCCAUUUGUUGAAGUGAGAAUUGGAAACUAUAGAGGGAUUACAAAACACUUUGAAAAGCAGCAAAAUCCAGUGUGGAAUCAGGUCUUUGCCUUUUCGAAGGAUCGGAUGCAAGCAUCUGUAAUGGAAGUUGUAGUUAAGGACAAGGAUCUAGUCAAAGAUGACUUUGUAGGCAUUGUAAGGUUUGACAUCAAUGAGGUUCCAUUACGAGUACCACCAGAUAGCCCUUUGGCUCCAGAGUGGCGCCGGCUUGAGGAUAAGAAGGGAGAGAAGAUUAAGGGUGAGCUGAUGCUUGCAGUCUGGAUAGGCACCCAAGCAGAUGAGGCUUUUUCUGAUGCAUGGCAUUCUGAUGCAGCUACACCCAUUGAUAGCACACCGGCUUCCUCUGCCGUGCUACGUUCAAAAGUCUAUCAUGCGCCACGGUUGUGGUAUGUGCGUGUUAAUAUCAUUGAGGCACAAGACUUGGUCCCAACAGAGAGGAAUCGUUUCCCAGAUGUGUAUGCUAAGGCACAGAUAGGUAACCAGGUCUUGAAAACCAAAACUGUUCAGGCUCGGACUCUGAGUUCUCUUUGGAAUGAGGAUCUUUUGUUUAUAGCUGCUGAACCCUUUGAGGAUCAUCUGGUCCUAUCAGUUGAGGAUCGGGUAGGUCCUGGCAAAGAUGAAAUCAUUGGAAGGGUCAUCAUACCGUUGAGCUCUGUAGACAGGCGUGCUGAUGAUCGCAUGAUCCAUUCCCGUUGGUUCAACCUGGAAAAGCCUGUUGCUGUGGAUGUAGAUCAGUUGAAAAAAGAAAAGUUCUCAAGCCGGAUCCAUCUUCGAGUCUGUCUAGACGGAGGAUACCAUGUUCUCGAUGAGUCCACUCAUUACAGCAGUGAUCUCCGUCCUACAGCAAAGCAGCUCUGGAAGCCACCAAUAGGAGUUUUAGAACUUGGAAUAUUGAAUGCUGUAGGGCUUCACCCCAUGAAAACUCGGGAUGGAAGGGGCACAUCAGAUACAUAUUGUGUAGCAAAGUAUGGUCACAAAUGGGUCAGGACACGCACGAUUGUUGACAACCUUUGUCCAAAAUACAAUGAGCAGUACACUUGGGAGGUGUUUGAUCCAGCUACAGUUCUCACUAUAGGUGUAUUUGACAACAGCCAACUUGGUGAAAAGGGGUCAAAUGGUAACAAGGACCUGAAGAUUGGGAAAGUUCGCGUACGUAUCUCGACACUUGAAGCAGGUCGUAUUUAUACACACUCUUAUCCGUUGCUGGUUCUUCACCCUAACGGUGUUAAGAAGAUGGGGGAAUUGCAUUUGGCAAUACGGUUUUCAUGCACCUCAUUUGUGAACAUGCUUUGCCAAUAUUCACGACCCCUACUGCCGAAAAUGCACUAUAUAAGGCCUUUUAGCAUAAUGCAGCUUGACAUGCUACGCCAUCAAUCUGUCAACAUUGUGGCAGCAAGGUUAGGCCGAGCAGAACCUCCGCUUAGGAAGGAAGUGGUGGAAUACAUGUCUGAUGCGGACUCACACCUAUGGAGCAUGCGGAGAAGCAAGGCAAAUUUCUUUCGGCUAAUGUCGGUUUUCUCAGGAUUAUUUGCUGUUGGGAACUGGUUUGGGGAUAUCUGCAUGUGGAGGAAUCCUAUCACAACAGUGCUUGUUCAUCUACUCUUUCUUAUGCUUGUUUGUUUCCAAGAACUGAUUUUACCCACAGCUUUCCUCUAUAUGUUUCUAAUAGGGGUGUGGAACUUCCGGUACCGGCCGAGGUAUCCUCCCCACAUGAACACAAAGCUCUCUUAUGCUGAGGCAGUGCACCCUGAUGAGCUAGAUGAGGAAUUUGACACAUUCCCUACAAGCCGGAACCCGGAGCUGGUGAGAAUGAGGUAUGAUCGAUUGAGGAGUGUGGCUGGUAAAAUUCAGACCGUGGUUGGCGAUGUGGCAACCCAAGGGGAGCGAAUUCUGAAUCUGUUAAGUUGGCGAGAUCCCCGUGCCACAGCCAUCUAUGUAACAUUCUGCCUUGUAGCUGCACUAGUGUUGUAUGUCACACCAUUCCAGGCUUUGGCUGCUUUGGCAGGGUUCUACCUGAUGAGGCAUCCGAGAUUUCGCCAUAGGUCACCUUCGGUGCCUAUCAACUUCUUCCGUCGAUUGCCUGCUAGAACUGAUAGCAUGCUGUAAAUUGGCGAUUGGUAUGUUUUCUGGCCUGGGUUUAUAAUAAUGUAACUGCUUCACCCAUGUUGCAGAUCAUUAGUGUUGUUCUGCAUUGCGUUUGUUGUUGUUGUUGUCCAGUUUCACUGCUUCACCCAGUGAAUAAUUUGUACCUUUCCAAUCUGGCUACAAAGUAGAAUAAAGAUUAACGAAGAUGACAAUAAUCCGUUUUUUGUUUUUA